UCACUUCAUCCAUAACCAAGCACCAAACAAGAAGCUAAUAAUUAGCUAUCUUCAUCUUCUUCUCUUUCUUCUUAUAGUUUUGAAGUUAUAUUAAACAUAACUUCGAACCAUUCAAUGGCACUCGUUAAUUUAAAAUUAUGCUUAUCUUUGUUCCUUAUUCUAAUUGGAAUAGUCUCAGCUCAGUUGUCUCCAACUUUCUAUUCAUCAACAUGUCCUAACGUCCUUUCGACAAUCAAAACUGCAGUGAACUCUGCAGUGUCGAGCGAGGCUCGUAUGGGGGCAUCCUUGCUCCGUCUUCAUUUCCAUGAUUGCUUUGUUAAUGGGUGCGAUGCAUCGGUGCUAUUGGACGACAAUUCGACCUUCACGGGAGAAAAGACAGCCGGUCCAAACAGCAAUUCACUGAGAGGAUUUAACGUGAUCGACACCAUUAAAUCUAAUCUGGAAACUUCUUGCCCCGGUGUUGUUUCCUGUGCUGAUAUCUUAGCUGUUGCUGCCCGAGAUUCAGUCGUCGCUUUGAAUGGACCAAGUUGGACUGUUCCAUUAGGGAGAAGAGACUCGACCACAGCGAGUUUGAGUGCUGCUAACUCUAACCUCCCUGGACCUAAUUUAAACCUUUCUGCUCUUAUAACUGCCUUCUCAAACAAAGGUUUCACUGCUAAAGAAUUGGUGGCUCUUUCAGGAUCUCACACAGUAGGCCAAGCAAGGUGCACAGUCUUCAGAAGCCACAUCUACAAUGACGCCAACAUAAAUGCCCAAUUCGCGACAUCUCUAAAAGCAAACUGUCCCAGCACUGGAGGUGACAACAACCUCGCCCCCCUCGACACCACUAGCCCAACUGCUUUCGACAACGCUUACUACAAGAAUUUGCAAGGCCAAAAGGGUCUUCUGCACUCAGACCAAGAACUCUUCAAUGGGGGUUCAACUGAUGCUCAAGUCAACACUUAUAGUACCAACUCUGCAACUUUCUUCACAGAUUUUGGUAAUGCAAUGGUGAAGAUGGGAAACCUUAGCCCCCUCACUGGCACGAGUGGGCAAAUUAGGACUAAUUGCAGGAAAGCCAACUAAGCAAUGGCACCAAACAGUCCUGUUUGAAUUGUAAUUUUGUUGUUGGUUGAAAUCUAUGUCUUUUGAGUGGGUGAUUAAGCAAACAAAAGCAUUUGUUUGGAGAGUAGAGUAGUCUUGUAGUUUGAGUUGUCUCAGCAAUGUGUAAUAAGAGUUCAGAGAAAUAUCAUAUGAUUUGAACUGGUUUAUUACUUCAUUUUACUGUAUUUAUGUUUUGGUAUUAUUAGAAAAUUUCAGCCUACGUUGUAACU